GUUGAAAACUUGAAUCCACCAUUUUCCGAACUUUCACUGCUGAACUAAGAUCACAGGUAUCUUCAAGUAGGACAGAAGAGGCACAUUCGUACAUUAAAAUUCAAGCGAAACUGGACUGUGAAGCUGCCAAAACAUCCCAAGAACCUGGAUGGUCCAACUUCGCCCUGUUCCAAUCAAUUAAACCUGCCGGCUCUUGCUCGAUAUGUAGCAAUGACCACGCCGAUCCUUUCUGAAAGGCCCGACCUACCAUGUACAAGGACCAUCCAGACUGUUAUCAUGGCAUUUGAGUUUUGCGUAAUACCCGCUUUUUCAACCACGGGCACGAAUCAUUCUCUUCCUGCCAUAUCCUGCAUCUUGACUCUCUUUCUUGGCGCUCACCACAAAUCAAGCAAUGGAGCUGAAUCACCAAACUGAAGGCUCAAUCUAGAAGGACACAAAAAGCUUUUCAGGAAUGCCUUGAUAGUUGCUCUUGGCCAUGAUGUCAUAUUACUAGCACAAGGGGAUGUUUUGUUUCUUGCGUGAACCUCUGAAGGUCUACUAUAUAAACCGUGAAUGUGAGCAAAAACUGGAGUUGAAAGCUCAAUCUAUGCUAUACUAGCAAAACAAGCCCGCUGUUAUAUUCAUAGUUCUACCACGGAAUCAUGGCCAGUGAGACUGUCUUGGUCACAGGUGCAUCAGGCUUCAUCGCUACCCACAUCGUUGAAUCAUUCUUGCGUGCCGGUUACAACGUCCGCGGCACCGUUCGAUCCGAACGGACGGCUCACAAGGUCCGUUAUACCUUCCAGGAGUACAAGGAUAACUUGAGCCUUGUCAUUGUCCCGGAUGUCGCUGCUGCGAAAGCCUUCGAUGAGGCCAUUCAAGGAGUCACCGGGGUCAUUCACACCGCCGCGCCCUUCCAAACGGAAGUUGAAGACAAAGAACGGGAUCUGUUGCGACCUGCCAUCGAAGGAACAAUCAACCUCCUGGACUCCAUUAAGAGGUGUGCCCCUCAGGUCCGCCGAGUCGUCCACACGUCUUCCUUUGCCGAUAUCCUUGAUAUAUCAAAGGGAGACCGACCAGAUCACAUAUACACGGAGGCUGACUGGAAUCCAAUGACAUAUGCGGAGGCCAUAAAUGAAAGUACCCCCGAUAUGGCUUCUUACUGCGCAGGAAAGGCUAUGGCGGAGCAUGCAGCGUGGGAGUUCAUGACCACAGAGAACCCUCCAUUUGACCUGGUCACUAUCUGCCCGCCGUACGUCUUUGGUCCGGUCAAGAACGCUACGGCAAGCCUGGUUAACCUGAAUACUUCGUCAAUGGAUGUAUACCGACUGAUGUCGCCCAUGUCAAAGCCAAGCCAUGCUAUACCGCCAACUUCGGUGUGGGUGUGGGCGGAUGUACGUGAUGUUGCCGAAGCGCAUCUAAAGGCCUUCGAGGUUCCCGAGGCUGGAGGGCAGCGCUUCUUGAUUGCGCAAGGCAAAUACAGCUAUCAGCGAAUAGCCGAUAUUCUCCGAGAUAGAGUGGUGGAAGUGAGAGAUCGUGUUCCUGUGGGUAAACCACGAUCUGGAUUAAGUGAUGUCUAUGGCAUCGAUGCAUCCAAGUCAGAGAAUGUGCUGGAUCUAAGGUAUCGUCCCUUAGAGGAUUCUAUAGUUGAUGCGGCAAAGUCAUUUCUGAAGCUGGAGCAGGCGAAUUGAUU